AGCUUCAAAAGGGAAGUAUUCGUAUGCACUUAAGGUAUUCUUGGCCUUGAGAACUCUAGACAAGUGAAUUUUGAUUCCAAAUUGAUUACAUUAUUUAGAGAAAAUAAAAUUUAAAAGAAACUAUGGCAAUACAAUUAGGAUCUUUACUAGUAGCAGCAGAUUUGGUUUUUUUCUACACAUUUGCAAUAUUAUUUGCCAAUUGCGUCACUUCUACUUCGAUAAAUCGCAAUAGCUUUCCUGAAGGUUUUAUGAUCGGUGCAUCAUCUUCUGCUUAUCAAUAUGAAGGUGCGGCAUAUGAAAGUGGUAAAGGACCUAGUAUAUGGGAUACUUUCACUCACAAAUUUCCAGGAAAAAUAUCUGAGGGAACUAAUGGGGAUGUAGGAGACAAUUUUUAUAAUACGUAUAAGGAUGAUGUGAAACUGAUGAAGUUUGUGGGAAUGGAUGCUUUCAGAUUUUCAAUAUCCUGGUCAAGAAUAUUACCUCGUGGCAAGUUAAGUGGAGGAGUCAAUAAGGAAGGCAUUGCAUUUUACAACAAUCUCAUCAAUGAGCUUUUAUCUAAUGGUAUACAACCAUUUGUGACAAUAUACCAUUGGGAUCUUUCACAAGCACUAGAAGAUGAGUAUAGCGGCUUUCUUAGCCCUCUUGUUGUGAAUGAUUUUGUGGACUUCGCGGAGCUUUGCUUCAAAGAGUUUGGAGAUAGAGUGAAGCAUUGGAUCACCAUGAAUGAGCCUUAUAUUUUCACAAAUGGUGGCUAUGACUCAGGCAAUUCUGCUCCAGGCCGAUGCUCUCCAUGGCAAUCCAACAAUUGUGCUAAUGGAAACUCAGCAACUGAGCCUUAUGUUGUUGCCCACAAUUUGAUUCUGUGUCACGCUGCAACAGUAAGUCUAUACAAGAAGAAGUACCAAAAGUCUCAAAAGGGAGACAUAGGAAUUACACUUGUGGCUCAAUGGUUGGUACCGUACACCAAUAGUGAACUUGAUGCCAAAGCAGCCCAACGAGCCAUUGACUUCAUGUAUGGAUGGUUUAUUGAUCCAUUGGUUUAUGGAGAUUAUCCUUCAAUUAUGCGAACAAUUGUGGGAGACAGGCUACCAAAAUUUACCCCAGAGCAAGCUAAGAUGGUGAAAGGGUCCUUUGACUUCAUAGGACUAAAUUAUUAUACCUCAAAUUAUGCGGCUCAUCUUCCUUCCUCAAAUAAUGUUAAUAUUAGCAGUGCCACAAAUCCUCAUGUCCACGUCACAGGUGAAAGAGAUGGAAAACCCAUUGGUGAUCCUACUGGAGUGAACAUCUUCUUUGACUAUCCAAAAGGACUUCGAGAUCUUCUAGUCUAUACGAAGGAAAAGUACAAUAACCCAACUAUUUAUAUUACAGAGAAUGGAAUGGGUGAUCGUAGCAUCACAUUGAAGGAUGCAAUAAGGGAUCGUCAAAGAGUGAAAUUUUAUCGUGGUCACCUUUUGGCAGUUCAAGAAUCCAUAGAGCUGGGUGUGAAGGUUAAGGGUUUCUUUGCAUGGUCAUUUCUUGAUACAUUUGAAUGGACAGAUGGUUAUAAGUUAAGAUUUGGAAUGUACUAUGUGGAUUACACUGAUAAAUUGAAGAGAUACCCCAAAUAUUCAGCUCUUUGGUUUCGAAAACACUUUCACAAGGAAACUUCUAAACUUCACUAUUCUAGGUAUAUGCGCUCUUGGAUUCCAAGGAUCUUAAGUUCAUAUAUGUGAUCUCUAUUUUUUAGUUACUUUUCAUCCCUUUCCUAUAUAUUCUUUCAUUGUGUUUGAGACAACAUGUCUUUGUACAUUAUUUGCGAAAAUGUAAGGAGAUAAUAGAUGAAUCUUUUAUUGUC